AUGGUCACGAUCGCAACUGCUGCAGCACGCGCAAGGCACCACCGCCGCUCUGGCCAGGCUCUGGGCCGCGCCCCUCCGGGCACAGGAUCCCCCUCGCGCGAUGCCCUGGAGAUCGGGUCAGCGCUCGCUCGGACGCUGCGGGCCAGGGGCCGGGGGUCACUUGCCACCCCACCCACGCAGCGAGUAAAGCAAACGCAGGUGCUGUUUCCUUUCCAAAUAUUCCAGAAAAUGGGGGUGAACUUCACGCCGAGUAACAAGGAGACGGUUAAGAGCAGCGACGUUCUCUUCCUGGCAGUGAAACCCCCCAUCAUCCCCUUCAUCCUGGACGAGAUCGGCCCGGACAUAGAGCACCGCCACAUCGUGGUCUCCUGCGCGGCUGGAGUCACGAUCAGCUCCAUCGAGAAGAAACUCUCUACCUUCUGUCCCACCCCAAAAGUGAUCAGGUGCAUGACCAAUACCCCUGUGAUCGUGCGGGAGGGUGCCACAGUCUAUGCCACCGGGACCCAUGCUGAGGUGGAGGACGGGAAGCUCUUGGAACAGUUGAUGGCCAGCGUGGGCUUCUGCACGGAGGUGGAAGAGGACCUGAUCGAUGCCGUCACGGGGCUCAGCGGCAGUGGCCCUGCUUACGCAUUCACAGCUCUGGACGCUCUGGCAGACGGAGGCGUGAAGAUGGGACUUCCCCGCCGGCUGGCUGUCCGGCUCGGAGCCCAGGCCCUGCUGGGCGCAGCCAAAAUGCUGCUGGAGUCGGAGCAGCACCCUGGGCAGCUGAAGGACAACGUGUGCUCGCCAGGGGGGGCCACCAUCCACGCUCUGCACUUCCUGGAAAGCGGGGGCUUCCGCUCGCUCCUCAUCAACGCUGUGGAGGCCUCCUGCAUCCGGACACGGGAGCUGCAGUACCUGGCAGAUCAGGAGAAGAUCUCCCCAGCAGCCAUCAAGAAGACCCUGCUGGAUAAGGUGAAGCUGGAGUCUCCGUCCGUCUCCACGGCCUCUGCCAGCAAAGUCAGCCUGUUCAGCAACAGGCACCCCGGCAGCAAGAAGAACUGAGGGGCCUCGGCUGCUGCUGCCCCUCCUGCAGGCGCUCCCUUCUCUCUUUCAGGAAAAGCUCUAGCUCUAAGCGCUUGUGGCUCUUCUCCGCCCCGCGGCUGCAGGGCGUCCCAGCUGGGAGUGGGGCUGAGGGCAUGGUCAGUGGCACUUCCUCUCCUACGGUCAGGGACCAGACCUUGCCCAGCCUUGUGUCCUCUGGGCAUCAGCGCCCCCCCCCAGCCCUGCUGCUGGAGCCCUGGGGCGGCGUGGCUGGGCAGUUGCAGAGUGGCCUCUGGCUCCCCCUUCCCUGGCCCAGCUCUGCACCUGCAUCUUCUGCCUUUUCUCUGGGCACUGGCUCUUGUCUAGGUCCCUGCAGCUUUGUGGGUGGAGGAAGCACUGUGAGGAGGAACACGAGCUGUGGGGACAGGGGCUGGGCCUCUGCUCACUUUGCUUCAUGGUUUUAUAAGGCCCAAAGGAAGCGAGGGCCCAUGGAAAACGGAGGGUGGAAGGGGCCUCAGGUGCCCCUAGCCCAGGCUGGCCUCUUGGCCAGAGCACCACACUGCACCUGGCAGCCCAGAGCGGGGCAGCAGCGCAGCACAGCGCCCCGGGGCAGGGGCUGCUCCCUCCACCCCGCCCCGAGUGGCUCCUCGGGGGGCGAAGCCGGGG